AUGGACAUAGACAUUUUACUUGAAGCGUCAAAGAACACCUCGACGCCAAAGCUUCCCAGGUGCAUCUUCAGAGUUCCUGAAGUUCUCCGCAGACAUAACGUACUGGCAUACGCACCUGACAUUAUCUCAAUCGGGCUUUAUCAUCCACGAGACAAUGUACAAUUUCAAGCUAUGGAAAAUCUGAAAUACGAGUAUUUGCGCGACCUUCUCUUACACAUGGAUCGGUCACACGACAGGGAUAUGGAGUUAGAAGCAUCGAUCAAUAAACUCAUCAAUUACAUUUUAGAUCACAAGAAAGUACAAGCCAUGGCUGAGUUUGAGAAAAAAGCUCGUGAUUUUUAUGCGCAUCCGUUUGAUCCUCUGAUGAAAAUGGAGUUUCUCCACAUGAUGAUACUUGAUGUACAUAUAUGCCAUGACCUUUUGCUCUUAGAAAAUCAGAUUCCUUGGUUUGUCCUCCAGUCCAUGUAUGAGCUCACCGUGAAGUAUUACCAGAACCAUGAGCGCUGCCUCUCGGAACUCAUCCUCACCGCGCUCAGCUCACAACCACAACUGUCCCAUAACUGCCGGUGGUAUCUGGAUCAUCUAAGAGGAAAUAGUUACAAAGAGGACGAAAGUGUGCUCCACAUUCUCGAUCUCAUAAGAACUUCCAUAGUUUUCUCAUUCACCGAACGCUAUGAGAAACCUCCCUUCGAUGCAAAGAUACAACUGAUAGCUUCAGCAACUGCUCUUUCUGAGGCCGGCAUUAGAUUCAAAAUGAGCUCCGAUGAAUGUAAAAGCAUAAUGAACAUCGAAUGCGAGAAUGGGGUUAUUAUGAUUCCACAUCUAGAAAUUGGAGAGUUAACUGAAUCGAUAUUCAGGAACCUGAUCGCCUUGGAGCAAUGCUGUUAUGGUCGUUCGCAUAAAAUCACAUCUUAUGCCGUUCUGAUGGAUAACCUCCUCGGCUCUAGCAACGAUAUAAAAUUUCUCUGCGACAAGGAAAUUAUAGGUAACUGGCUGAGCGCUGAAACUGGUUCUGAGUUCUUCAGCAAGCUUUACUGCGACACGGUGCUUACUUAUUUCUACUAUGGUGGACUCUGUACUCGAGUGAAGGAAUACCAAACUGCAUUGAGGAGGUGGCGAGAAAUAUUCAAGCGUAACUAUUGGUCAGAUCCAUGGAAAGCCACCUCCUGGACUGUAGCAAGUAUCCUUCUGAUUCUCACCUUAGUGCAGACUGCAUACACCAUUAAGCAAUACUAUUCUCCUCAGGGAUGA